UGUCCCACCAUGGCCUUCAGCCAGCUGAAAUUCAAGGAAUUGGGCGAGGAGGAGCCCACCUGGGAGGAGGAGAACCUGGACAGCGUGAAGGCGCUGACGGCCAAGCUGAAGCUGCAGACCCGCAGACCCUCGUACCUGGAGUGGGAAGCUCGGGUGAGGGGGCAGCGCUGGGGGGCUCGGACCCCCGGGGGCAGCCGGGGGACAGAGCAGAGCCCCGGGCAGCCCAAGGAGCAGCAGGAUGGUGGCGUUUGUGGCUUUGCCACCAUGGAGGAGGCUCUGGAGUGGCUCAGGAUGGAGCUGAGGGAGAUGCAGGCUCUGGACCAGCGGCUGGCGCAGCAGCUGAUGCGGCUGCGGGCGCGGCUGCACAGGCUGAAGGUGGAGCAGGCCUGCCACCAGCACAAGGAGAUGCUGGACGACGCCACCUUCGGCCUCGAGGGCUGCGAGGAAGACUCGGAUCUGCUCUGCACCAUCCCCCCCAAGGCCGCCUUCCUGCUCUCCACACCGCUCAAGCACAUCGGCGUCACCCGCAUGAACAUCAACUCCCGGCGCUUCUCCCUCUGCUGAGCCGCCCCCGGAGGCUGCGGGGGAGCCUCGAGGGAGUUUUGGGGCUCAAAGAUCCCUCCCCAAAUCUCUCAGCACUCGGGGCGAUGCCACGGCUGGCACGGGAAUGUCACCAUCCCCAGGGGACAUCGGGCGUUUUGGGGCCUGGCCCUGAGGGCGGUGGGGUCAAGCCCGGUUG